AUGGGUGCCGUUUUAGACCCAGGGAUUCCUAUGAUAGAUCUCACCAGAGAUUUCAGCCGGGGCCGAAGUGGUUCGCAGAUGGAUUCUUCCUGCCGAGCUCCACCAACAUCUAGACCCACGCCAACACCAGCACCUCUAGUCAGAGGUGGAGAUCAGGGCCAGGACCACAAGGGUGAUCAUCAAGGUGCAUGGGGAGGUCUCCGAAGAGGCAGGAUCGAUGCUCAGGGUAAAGGUACCCAGCCCCACUUCUAUGCAGCUUCAACUAGAGCAAAGGCUGAGGCCUUGGAUAAUGUGAUCACAGAAUUGAUGACUCAGGUGUUUAGGCCGUACUUGGACUCAUUUGUCAUAGUCUUCAUUGAUGAAAUUCUGGUAUACUCGCGGAGCUGGGAUGAGCAUGAGGAAUAUUUGAGAGUAUUGCUACAGACUUUGAGAGAUCAACGGUUUUAUGCCAAGUUUUCAAAUGCAAGUUUUGGCUUGAGUCCGUAG